GUGCGAGGGACUCACCCUGUGUGUCUCGCCGAGCGCAGGUGAUGGCGCAGAUCCUGAAGGACAUGGGCAUCACGGAGUACGAGCCCCGCGUGAUCAAUCAGAUGUUGGAGUUCACGUACAGGUAUGUGACCACUAUACUGGAGGAUGCAAAAAUUUACUCAAGUCAUGCUAAGAAAUCCAGUGUUGAUGCAGAUGAUGUGAAAUUAGCAAUUCAGUGUCGAACAGACCAGUCAUUUACCUCUCCUCCCCCAAGAGAUUUUCUGCUUGAUAUUGCAAGACAAAAGAAUCAGACCCCAUUGCCAUUGAUAAAGCCAUACUCUGGACCUAGACUGCCACCUGAUAGAUACUGUUUAACAGCUCCAAAUUACAGACUUAAGUCCUUGCAAAAAAAGGUCUCUUCUUCUGCAGGAAGAAUAACAGUACCCCGACUGAGUGUGGGUGCUGUAAGUAGUAGACCUAGCACUCCUACUUUAGCACAAACUGUGGCUGUUUCAACAAAAGUUGGCACUCCAGUAUCACUGACAGGUCAAAGGUUCACUGUACAGAUCCCAUCCUCUCAGACAACAGUCAAAUCAGCAACACCUACUACGCCAACAGUUCAGAAUGUUCUGAUUAAUCCUUCGCUAAUUGGAUCAAAAAACAUUCUUAUUACUACAAAUAUGGUAUCACAGAAUGCAGCCAGCGAGGCAAAUCCGUUGAAAAGAAAGCAUGAAGAUGAUGAUGAUUAUGAUAAUUUGUAAAGGAAUACAGUCCAGUAUCCAUUUUUUUUCAGAGGUGUGAUUCAUAUUGAGUCUGAGUUGGGACUUGUCAAAGUGUUCAUGAAUUGAGACAGAAAAUGUGUAAAUAUUCAGUUAAUGGAAUCAGGAGAAGAACAAUAUUGCUAGGAUGUCAUUGUAAUAAGUUGGUUUUAACCUUCUGUAUGAUACAAAAUAUCUUUUGGUGCUCACUCACAAUGAUAGAUGGAUGUUAUUUAGUUUGUCUUGUCAUGUACAGCUUUCCAAAAUAUUUUCCACUUGGUCUCCUGUGAUUUAAGUAGAAAUACUUGUAGCUUUGAAAGUACAGUUUUUGCAAGAUGCUUUUCUUCAUACACUGUGUUGUAUGUGAAUUUUUAAAGGCUUAGUUGUAGGUGUAGAACUUGAAAAGCCUUUUUUUCCCUUAAACUAAGUUUGAAGUUGGGAUCAAGUUUUAAAAUAAGUGGAAAAAAAUUUGGUUUGUUUGUGGAUGAGUUCUUGAACAUUUUUUCUGUUCAUGUGUGACCUCUAUUUUGUCUGCAUUAAAGUGAAUUUCAAAUGAA